GAGCUGCGGCGGCGGUAUAUAAAGGAGGCCGAGCAGAGCUUUCAGACAGGACGGAGCUUAGAGAUUUCAGCACCACAACUCCAGUGGACAGCGACGCGUAGCAACUCUUUGAAACACUCAACCCAAAAAACAGCCUAUUUCCCAUCAUGGUUCUCAUCUGGACCCAGUUCGGUGUGAAGCAAAAGAAUGGAAAUGUGAAGUGCAAAGUACGAGUUAUGCACAGGGGUGACAGCUCCGGAUCAUCAUCAUCAGCGGAGAGCACCAAGUCUGAGCCGGACACACCUUGCCUUUCCAUCAAGCCAACAGGCAAGGACUUCUACAAGGUCCUGGGAAUCUUGCCUGAAUCCAAUGAAGAUGAGAUCAAGAAGGCCUACAGGAAGAUGGCCCUCAAGUUCCACCCAGACAAGAACAGUGACCCUGAUGCAGAGGAGAAGUUCAAAGAGAUCGCAGAGGCUUAUGAGAUCCUGAAUGACCCCCAGAAAAGGAGCAUUUAUGACCAAUUUGGAGAAGAAGGGCUUAAAAAUGGAAUUUCAGCAGGCCAAGGCAACAUCUUCCGCCACAAUUUCCAAAAUGACCCCCACGCCACCUUCUCUUCCUUCUUCCACAACUCAGACCACUUUGACAUCUUCUUCGGCAGCGACCCCGAUGGCGAUGACGACCUCUUUAACCCCUUCCGGCGAUCCACUUUCACUAAUCUCGGCGGUUUCGCCGGCUACGAGGCAGGCCUGCGGAAGGGCACACAGAACUUGUCUGGCGAGGCCGUGGUGCAUGACCUCCCAGUGACGCUAGAAGAAGUGAUGCAUGGCUGCACAAAGCAAAUGAAGAUCACACGUAGUCGGCUCAACCCUGAUGGCCGGAGCCUGAGAACUGAGGAGAAGGUGUUAAAUGUCAUGGUGAAGAAAGGCUGGAGGGCAGGCACCAGGAUCACCUUCCCCAGGGAGGGAGAUGAGACCUCUAACAGCCCCCCUGCAGACAUCACCUUUAUUCUAAGAGACCAGGAUCACCCACAGUACAAGAGAGAUGGGGCCAACAUUGUCUACACAGCCCAGAUCACUCUUAAAGAGGCUCUCUGUGGAUGCACAGUCAAUGUACCAACCCUAGACAACCGCAUGAUGCCUCUACCAUGCAGCGACAUCAUCAAGCCAGGCGCGGUCCGGCGGCUAAGGGGCGAGGGUCUCCCACAGCCCAAGAGCCCAUCCCAACGGGGCGACUUGGUGGUGGAGUUCCAGGUGGUCUUCCCUGACAGGAUCCCACCACAGUCCCGCGAAAUCAUCAAGCACAGCCUGGGGCAGUGCUAGCCUUCUGCAUUUCCACUUCACACAGCCUUGCCGUGUGUCUUUCUUAUUUCUCAAACACAGCCUUGCCUACGGUGCUAAUAUCACAACCAAUCACAACCUCUUAUUGUGUUUGGAAAAGGCAAACAGAGCUGAGUAGGUCAAACUGUACUUUAGAGAGGAAAGUUUCUGAACUCUUAGUGCAAAGCACAACAGCUGGUGGUGCUGCGCGAGUGGUUGGUUACAGGACUAAUGAAUGGUUUCUUAGUAGUCUGAGGCAUGCAUUUAUUCAACAGCCUUUGCCUGGGUGAAAAGGUAUACCUGUACUGUUAUACUUGCAAACUUAUGGCAGGAUAUCAGUGUGCUAUUCAAGUCUGUAUAGACUUACAUAAACCUUAAUGGUAGAAACAAGCGAAGAAAAAAAACAUCUUUCUCCUUUUUCUUCUUCUUCUUCUUAUGGUUAUAUGGUGCUCAUAUGACUGAUUUUUUGCAUUGAUUUAUUACAAUAGCAAAAACUACUUGUGUGCAAAGGUCUACUUUGUGUACAAAAUGAAAAUAAUGUUGUCUCUAAAAGAGAUUCACUUGUCAAAUGUUCUAUCGAAUGACUAGAAAAGUUUGUAUAUAUUCUGCAAUAAUAGUUAAUGAUG